AACUGCCAAAGAUUCAGAAGAAUAUUCCAUCAUCUUGUUUGUGCAGCCAAGCAACUAAGAACAAGGCCACAACUGUGUCCUUUUCUUUCCCAGCUUCAUUGUUGUGGCUGAGGAUAAGAGCAGAGAACGGCCACCAUAACCCACAGCAUAUUUGAAAAAUCUAAGUCUCAUGGCAUUGGCUUUGAACAGCAUAAUCCCCCACACCACAGCUUUGAGCUUAAGCACUUCUUUGCCUUCUCCUAAAAAGCCUUCAAGCCUUCAAUUUCAACAGCCUCACAAUCGUCGCCAAAUCACUCAAAUUGUGCAAAGCACUGCCUCGUCCUCCACCAACACCACCCUUUCUGAUGUUAAACUCCAAAUUCAGGAGGACCGCAACUUCAAUCCCACUUCCACUUCUGCCACUGCGUGGUCCGAAUUUGCCAGAAAUGUGUCCGGUGAAUGGGAUGGCUAUGGAGCAGACUUCACAAAGGAAGGGAGCCCAAUUGAACUUCCUGAGAAUGUUGUACCUGGAGCUUACAGGGAGUGGGAGGUUAAGGUUUUCGAUUGGCAGACUCAGUGCCCCACUCUUGCUAACCCGGAAGAGCCCGUUCUUGUGUACAAGAAUAUAGAGCUACUACCAACAGUUGGAUGUGAAGCUGAUGCUGCUACACGAUACACCGUCAUUGAGAAGAACAUUGGUGGUGUGAAUAACGAAGUUUCUGCCUUUGCAUAUCAGUCUAGCGGAUGCUAUGUGGCCGUCUGGCCAGGUGAGGAAAAGGGUAAUAAGUUGUUGGAGUUGGAGUAUUGCUUGAUUAACCCUCAAGAUAAGGAGUCUCGUGUGAGAAUAAUUCAGGUCAUCCGUAUAGAAAAUAUGAAGAUGAUGCUGCAGAAUACAAGAGUGUUUUGUGAGCAGUGGUAUGGACCAUUCAGAAAUGGGGAUCAA